AUGGCGUCCAACCACAUCCUGCGCAGCUACUCCAUCAUCCCGUGUUUCAUCUUUGUAGAGCUUGUCAUCAUGUCCGGCACGGUUCUGCUGGCCUACUACAUGGAGUGCACCGACCUUUUCAGCGUACACGUGCAGGGCUUCUUCUGCAACGAUGCUGAGCUGAUGAAGCCGUAUCCCGGAACGGAAGAGGCCAGCUUUGUACCCCCUCUCAUCUUAUACUGUGUGGUGGCCGCUGCUCCAACUGCUAUUAUUUUUGUCGGAGAGGUGUCCAUGUACGCCAUGAAAUCGACAAGGGAAUCUCUCUUAGCCCAGGAGAAGACCAUCGUAACUGGUGAUUGCUGUUACCUCAACCCUCUUAUUCGCCGUGUUAUACGCUUCAUAGGUGUGUUUGCAUUUGGCCUGUUUGCCACAGACAUCUUCGUCAAUGCGGGCCAGGUGGUCACAGGUGGUCUCUCGCCCUACUUUCUGUCAGUGUGCAAACCCAACUACACUGGCACCGAGUGCCGCCUGACUCACCAGUUUAUCACCAACGGCAACAUCUGUACUGGAAACCCCAUCAUCGUUGGGAACGCCCGCCGCUCUUUUCCGUCCAAAGACGCCUCCCUGAGCGUUUACUCUGCUGUUUAUCUGACAAUGUACAUCACCAGUACCAUCAAGACCAAGUCCAGCCGCUUGGCCAAGCCAGUACUCUGUCUAGGCACUCUCUGUUCAGCCUUCCUCACCGGACUCAAUCGGGUCUCAGAGUACCGAAACCACUGUUCAGAUGUGGUUGCUGGAUUCAUACUGGGAUCAGCGGUUGCACUUUUUCUGGGAGUGUGUGUGGUGAACAACUUCAAAGGUGUCCACGGUGCGACAACUAAGCAGAAGAGCGAGGAGUACCGCGGCCUCCCCCUGAUGACUUUCCCUCGCGUCGAGAGUCCUCUAGAGACCCUCAGUGCACAGAACCACUCGGCAUCAAUGACGGAGGUCACAUGA